AUGACUGAUGCACAAUAUGAUUCAUUCGAAACCAUACCACCAAAUUUUAUUAAACUUAACAUACGAACACAACAACAAGAUACCCGCUCUGUCAUUAUACCACGCAAUUCUUCAGUACCUCUUUUGAAACAAAAAAUACAAAAUGUGUUUGAUGUAGCUAUAGAACGACAGAGGCUGAUCUUUCUAGGGCGCAUCUUGAAAGAUGAUAAGAAUCUUUUAGAUUAUGGUACAGCACAUCCAUUCGAUGGAGAAGCUAUUCAACUGACAGACACUUUAUGUCCUCGACUACGCCUUCGUCAAUAUUUAUCACCCAGGCAAAUUGUUAUGGUGCGCUUUCCACGGAUAACAGCAUAUGAGUCUCCUUCAAUGACUGCCCGAAAUAUAGCUUCAUCCAACAGCCUCAGAGAAAACACACCUGGUUGGACCAAUCCAACUGGAAGAGGUCUUCCAGAUAUUGCAUCCUUAUUUCAAGAUAGAGAACCCCCGAUGGUACGCUUUCGGCGCUCACUUCGACACUUACAGCAGACACUGCAAGGCAUGCCAGAACCUCAACGUGUAAAUAGAAGAUUCUCACUGUUUAUGCCGAGAUCUGUGCGGCGAUCUGCUGUCACAUAUUGGCCUUACUCGAGAUCCAUAGAAAUGAGAUUAGCGGAAAGUAUUUCACAUGCCAGAAACGCUCAAUCGACAUUUAACUCGACAACACAGCCCUCUUCAAAUAAUACCACAGGCCGUCGAAAUGCUUUUACUGAGGACCCGACUUUUCUUUCGGAUGAAUAUGUUCAAAAUCCUCGCGAAAGAGCUCGUCAAACUGCAAUAGCCCUUAGAUUAACUGUACAGGCUAUGAAUCUAGCAAUACCCAAUCUGAGACACCUAAGUGAUACUUUGCAGGAAGCAGGAGUAACAUCUGAGGAUGUAUAUCAACAGUUUACAGAGAGAGUGCAAACAUCAACUGGAUUAUAUGAAUUGAGUCUAUCCAAUCAAUGUCUGUCAUAUGUGCUUGCCAAUAUUGAACUUGCAGAAAGUAAUAAUCGGGUGUUUGAAAGAGAUGGCCUGAAUGCAUCUGCGCACACUACUUCACAUCCUACAGUUCACGAACCGGAAUUAGAAUCAAAUAAAACACACACAGAGCAACCGUCCGACACGCUUCUGGAAGCUGAGCGCCCAGGUGGCUCACCUUCUACACAUAAUAGCUCACAUGCUCUACCGUCAGCUGCAAAGGGGUUAAAACGAAAGAGAGAAGACGAUUCCAUAGACGAGACCUUUAAUAAGAGACGUAUCUCAGAUAAUGGAGAGGGUAGUACACAGCAGGACAAGGGUAAAGAUUUAUAUACGGCAUGUUGA